GCAAAGGACCUACUCUUUCACUUGCUCAGUUUAUGCUAAGAAAUCAAGUAAUUAAACAGUACAGAAAUUUUAUCCGAACUGCUCGCCGACUACCGGAUAAAAAGCAAUCUCAAGAAAUUAUCGACUGGGUCAGUCCAUGCUCAAACUUUUCAACAUUUGAAGUCCAUUAUUUUAUAUUCCUAAAUAUUUCAAGUAUUAUUAGAUUUAUGGGCUGCAGGUUUUUAUACUAAUUAAAAUAUUCAAAUGUGAAUGUAUCCAGUGAAAAGUUGUCAGGAUGAAAGGAUGAAUGAAUGAUGGAUAUAUCCUGUAUCGGACUGAUCUUGUUAUCUUCACUACUCUGGGGUUCUACGGAUGCUUUGAUAAAACUGUUUUCUCCUCCACAGCUUAAGCAGAAGAGAGGAGACGGUUUCUGGGCUAAACAUUUAAUACAAGAUUUUAUCUUUCUUCUUGGGUCACCAGGAUACCUUGCUUGUCAGGGGUUUAACCAGUUAGGUAGCCUGGUAUACUACUACACCCUAACUCUAGCCCCGCUAUCCCUCGUAGUCCCAGCAGUUAAUACAGGGAAAAUACUCUUCAAUAUAUUAGUUGGAAGAAUAUUCUGUAACGAACGUUUGAGUUCAAGACAGUGGGUUGGAGUCCUGCUUCUUGGUACUGGAGUCAUUCUUCAAGUCUAUCCGAGGAGUUAACCUGGAGUCCUUUUUGAACCUGGAGUCAUAUUUUAAGUCAAUCAUAUGAGUUAACCUGGUGUCCUUUAUUUGUGUUACUGGAGUUAUUCUUCAAGUAAGUCUGAGGAAGUUAACCAGUUCAGCUCAACUCAAAAGCUGCCAAGUGAAAAAAAAAUGGCGGCCUGUGAGAAAAAUCGAACAAUUAUCGAGGAUCUAGAAAGUUGUGAUAAUUUUUGCUCUGAAGUUCACACGUUCAGUGACUGGGUUAAAGAAGAGGAAAAAAACAUGGCAAGGUUUAGAUUCUCUUUUCCUCCAGGACUCUCUUCACAUUCAGGGAUUUGGGAAUCAAAGGAACCUGAGUAUGAUAGUGAUGGAGAUAUAAUUGUGAGAAGACGAGGAGAUGAUGAUGAAGGAGUAGUCCAACUCCAACAUGACCUAUCAACUCCUCUGGCUGGAGUUGGUAAACAGAUAUGGCGAGGGAGCCUUCUUCUUGCUGACUACUUCCUUCACAAUCAUCAGAAGAUGCAGAAUAAGAAAAUUCUUGAGCUUGGAUCUGGAACCGGAUUGGCUGCUAUAAUUGCCUCCUUCUGCGGAGCAAAAGUUGUAGCUACUGAUAUUGAUGGGGUUGGUGUACUUGAAAGAAUUAAAGAAAACAUCCUGAAAAACAAUUCUCUACUAAAGAUGGAUAUUUUAGUAAAAUCCUGCGAUUUAAGAAAAAACAAGUACUCUGAGUUGAUGGAGAACUUUGAUCUAAUAGUUGCUGGAGAUAUAAUCUACGAUGAUGAUAUUACCGACGCAUUUAUUGACUACCUGGAGAGUGUGUGGCAGGUUGACCGUAGUGUGGAGGUUCUCAUCUCCUUGGAGAAGAGGUUUGUGUUCACUCUUGAAGCUCUGGACACAGUAGCACCAGCUUACGAUUACUUUCGGAGUAAACUGACCAGCCAGGAGCAGUUGUACGAUCUCAGAGUUCAAGACAUAUCCGUAAACUUCAAGCAAUACUUCUGCUAUGAUAAAGAAUCCCAUAUGGUCCUGUUAUCUAUCAAAUGUAAUCAAAUUGUCUAAAAAUACAUUUUUCCGAUACGGACUUAAGUUUUUUUUUUGUCCCAAGA